AUGGAAUCUGGAGAACGAACGUUUUGUGAGGCCUCUGAUGAACUCUACCGGACCAUGUUUCAACUAGAGAGCGGCAAUGGAACCACUUCAGUGAUCAUCUACAUCAGCGAUGGUGCGUCGGAUCUGCCUACAGCUCGUGAAGCCGAUGUUCUCUUCGCCUGUCGAGAAUUGAAGUUGGAGGAAUACUGCAUCAAACACGACCUCUCAUAUAUCCCCUUUGAAAUCGACGAGAGAAAGACUCACGGCAAGGGUCUACCUUCAAACUUCGACCCUCGUGCCAGCAUACAGACUCAACAGCAAAGCUUCAGCACUAGGAGGCAUCGGACUCGAUCUGAGUAG